AUUGUGGAAGGAAGAGCUCAUCCCGAGCUGAAAAAUGGUAAAAGAACCAAUUCAAGUCUCGUUAUUGAUUCUCGAUAGCGUAUUGAUCAGAUAGGUAGGCUAAAACACGGUUUUGAUUCAAGCUGCGGGUACUCGUUUGCAGCGGUUUGUCCUGAGUUCAAUGCACCGUAAACUGUUGCUAGGAACAGGUGGCAAUUUGGUUAAUCACCAACAGACCUGCUUCGAAAUCGUUGGACUGUCUUUGGUAACGUAAACAAAUUUCUUAUGGUUUCUUGCAAAAAAUCCAAGCAACCCAUCAAACACAGUCUACAGUAAACGGUACAGGAUUUAAGAUGAUCAGUCAUCCAAAUGUCGUUGUGGUUUUUAUAGUAUUACAGUUAUCCGGUUCUUUUCAAGUUGCUCCAGAGGAAAGCAUACUGCUGAAGAAAUUGUUAACAGGGCAUUCAAGUGACAUAAGGCCACUGCCUAAAGACCUCACUGGACCUACCGUUGUUAACAUAACCGUCCGAAUCGUUCAAAUACUUGAUAUUGAUGAAAGAAAUGAAGUGUUAUCAAUGCUUACAUGGACAACAAUGCAAUGGGAAGACAGCACAUUCACAUGGGACCCAGGUGCUAAUAGCAACAUACGCAACCUAGUGUUUCCUGCUGGUCAUAUUUGGGUACCAGAUGUCUUUAUUCACAACACGCAAGAGAUUUCGGCUGGUUUUCACCUUGGAUUGCCUCAAAACAGCGAUGAUGCUCCAUUUUUGGCAAAGGCUGAAGCCAAUGGAUUAAUUUCCUUGGGAUUUCCGCACAUAAUAAGAUCAAGCUGCAAGCUUAACAUAAGCGAAUAUCCUUUUGAUACACAAUACUGUCCUGUGACUCUUGGUUCUUGGACACAUGAUAAAUCAGAAUUAAUCAUCAACAUAGUUCAAGAUCAAUUCAUCCAGGAAAACCAGUUCGGGAAAAAGAAUAAGGCAUGGCAGCAGACGUCAUCAGAAUGCAAGAAGACAAAGACAGACUGUCCGUUUGAUCAAACAAGUAACCAAUGCAACGUCGUCCAGUGUUUCGUUGGCUUAAAGAGAACGGCAUGGUUCGAAGUCAUAAGUUAUACAUUGCCUACUAUUAUCAUUGCUGUCUUGUCAAUAAUGGUAUUCAUGGUGCCACCAGAAGCUGGCAAACGCAUGGAGGUUGGAAUUACUCUCAUACUCUGCAUAGCAGUGUAUCUAUCACUAAUUAAUAAGAAAAUGCCUCCAACAUCAGAGUCAUUUCCCUUGGUCAGUAAAUUCUAUGGAUGCAUCAUCGUUGAAAUCACUAUUGCAAUGGUAUGCUCAUGCUACUGCUUGCACAUUUAUGAUCCAGAAGGCCUCAGACUGCUGCACUUUCCAAACUACUUAAGGACCCUAGCUUUUGGAGUACUUGCACGAAUAACAUUCUACCAAACGAAAGGAGGAAAACCUAGCAGAAUUCAUCCAACUAAUGCAGAAAUAAAGAUAGUUGAAAGACGACGAAAAAGCAUGCUUGCAAUGAACAGCACUCUUCAACUAAAUGCAACAGCUCAUGGGCCUAAGACAUAUUCAGUUAAACCAACUGAUAACAAGCAUUUUGGAGUGAAAAUCGAAGAUAAAAAAGAAAACCCACAAGCACAACAACAACCAUACGCACAAGUGCGGCAACCACAACAUAUCAAUCAAGCGUUAGCAGAUAACAAUGAUCAAAGAGAUAGUUCAAGUGAAGAAGCUAACGAAGUGCCAGCACCUGAUUUGCAGCUCGCAGACAUCGAGGAAGAAAAUGAGGAAGAUCUUCUUGAACAGCAAGACAAUCAACGAAUUGGAGAAAACCGAUGCGAUUCUGGGUUUGGAGAGCCGGGAGGCUCAUUGUCAAAUCGUUCUUCCUUGGUUUCGAGUAAUUCUGUGCGUUUACCAAUUGAAGCGAAUUCACCGGUUAACGAAACUACUUGUGAAUGUGGGCUGCAAGGUUGUGAUGGCCAUGGUGAAGUUAUUGAAAAUACGGACAAUCCACCUAAUGCAGUUACAGAGCAUCCACCCGCUAGCGUCUCAGAACCAAAUCAAGCAGACGAAAGCAAAGAAGAAAUACUCAAAUGGUACCAAAUAGCACUGAAGUGAAAAUUAUCAGACGGUCUAAAACCACUCUUAUAGGAUGUACGAACACGACUGAAGUUCAAGGGAGCCUUCUUUCAAAGAGUCUCUCAGCCCGUCCAUACACAGACAGCGUUUUGUCUAUUUGGAAGAGACGCAAAUAUGCAAAAGCCUUCCACCCAACUGUUCGUUCUAAAGCAAGCUUAACGGACUUUGACAUGGAAAAGUUUUCAGGACCCAAAUCAGAAGCAGGCCAAUCAAGUUCAACACAUGAACAUGAGGCUAGCGGACAAGCCAGUGAACACGAGGCUAGCGGACAAGCCAGUGAUAGAGAGGUGAGUGAAAAUGCCGAGAAAGAGACAGCUGAAGGAAAGCUGCCAUUAAAUGAAGAAAGUUCAACUCUAACAAGAAAAGGUAGCUUUCAAGAUAAAAGCAACAUGAAUAACUCAAGAAAGAACUCCCAGAUAAGUUUAAAUAAAAAUAUUGCUGGGUCAAGUUCUGAACCAGGAACUUCAGGACAAGAAAAUAUAGAGGAGAGUACUCCAACCGAACAAGAAGAUAAUGCGAACACAAAUGUACAAGGAAAGGAUGUGCAAUCUUCAAAGCCAUCUAUAACUAAGAGACAAUCGUAUGAUCAAAUUGAACUUGUUGAUAUUAAUGAUGAUGAAUGUGGAGAUACGAAUGAAAAUAACGAUCAGACAACGGAGACCACAGUCACAGAAAUGAAUGACGAGAAGGCAGGAGCAAAUGAGGAGUGCUCUGCUAUUGAGACAGAGUGCACUGAAAAGGUGGAAAACAGCGCGAAUUCCAACGCAAAUAUGAACAGCACAGUCGUUGAUAGGCACGAAGAAUUUGAACAUGACAAUGCUGAUAGCGAGACGGAAAACGAGGAGAGAGAACAGGUUACACGGAGAACAAAGAAAAGUACUAUGGAUGACCCUAAAGUUCUGUUUACAAGGCGACAUUGGGAUACACUAAGGAAUCGUGUGCAACGAAGAAUUACUGUAAAGGAUGUUUUCGGUCAAAUCUUGUCACCAAAGGAGACAAGCCCGAUUGUGGCUAUCGCUAACGUGUUACUUAGAGACCAGCGAAAGUAUGUUAUGAGGACUGAAUGGAUGACCAGUGCGAUGAUUUUCAAUAGAUUUUUCAUCAUCAUCCUAGCUUUUGCAGUUAUAAUUUCAAUGCUAGCCGUAUUUAUGCAAUCGUCAAGGCUUCGAGAUCUUUGAGCCUUAGCAUAGGCACUGCAUAAUAUUUGUGAAUGUUUUCCAGUUGCCGCUGAGAUAGUUUGUUACAGAGAGAAGCAAAGUAAAGAUAUUGCUCGGUACACACCUUUUUAUAAGAAUAUAGUUUGCAAGAACAUUAUGGCUCGAAAUUGGUAAAACUUGAGAAUAGAUAACGCAUGAUGGCCAUGUUUAAAGUUUGCCUGAAGUAUGAUUUUUCAUUCAUCUAUGUCUUUCUCGCAGGUCUCAAAAUUCAUGAGUUGCUUUUAUAAACUACUUAUAGUAUUCUUAUAAAGGGUGUGUAUAUGGCAUAUCAAAAGCAAAGGAUUUAAAGACAUAAAAGCCUUUUUAAGACUUUGAAUUAAAUCUGUGUUGGUUGUUGCAGGUGGCUACAUCCAUGUUGACUUUAGUUUUCCCAGGGGCAACUCGGUACUGGAAAUGAGAAUACUGCUAUAGGGGCUUGAAGGGGCUUGUAUUAUUUGCAAGGUGUUAAUGUUUUAUUUUAGUAUCAGCAACUAACAACUAAACGCGUAAAAAGUCCUAUUCACAGAGGAUUUUGACUCCUAAAAGCCCCUUUUAGCGAUGCUUUACCAUAAAUAGAGAAAAUGCACACGGUAUAUAUACUGUUCCUCUAAAAUUUGUUCUGCAUAAAGAUCUGUCAAGGUCGUCAGAGCACUCUUUAACGAAAUGCAAGGGGAGCUCGAGCCCUUUAUCCUUUUGUAGUUGGUGCCUACGGCUACAUACUGUGAAAGCAUUUCAAAGAGGGUAAGUUAUAGCAAAGACAAAAUAAUAAUCUAAGAAAUAAAUUGGAAGGAAAAGUUUCAAGUUCUUCUUUUCUAAAGACUUAAUAUGAUAUUUCAGUGAGGAUUUACUAAUGCCUACGACGUACACGAUAAUGUGUCUAUGACAUUGCUCUAAACAAGGUCUGAACUCAUUCCUGUAUUGAUAAGCGAUUUUUAUAAAUUUAAAUCCCUUUCUAUCCUCUACCACUCUGAUAAAGAAGAUAGUCAUUUUUUGUAAGUUUAUUUGAUCAUAGUAUAGCAUAGUGAUCUAAAAAUUGUGAGCCUACAUAGUUGUGCGAUCUGAUUUUCUAAAUGAAAAAAAAGGUUGAAAUUGUCAGUAGUAGAAAGAAAUUUGGAAUUACGAGAAAGUAGAAAGCAGAAACAAUUUGACUAAAAAAGAAUGUUCUAGAGGUUCUCUUUUGUUUCAAGGAAAAUACAAAUGUUGGAAUCUUCUGUUUAGGUUUAGCAAAGCUAUUAAAUGAAUGGAACAAUUAAAUAAAUCAAGAGAAAAUAGGGGUAGAGAGUAGACUUCCAACGAAAAUGGUGUAUAGCCAUCACUUUGUAGCUUUUUACGUAUACUCUGCCCACCGAAUGUCAUUUAUACAUUUUAUUUCGCACAGACAUAAUAAUUUAAUUAUCUUCUUGUGUAAAAGAAGUAAAUUUAAGUUAAUUUUAUACUAAACAGUACA